AUGCCCGUCCUGAAUCCCUUUCUGCGCGCGCUCUUUCAGAGUAGUGUGCUGGGAAAUGCACUCUCCGCUCAGAACUAUGUUCUUCUGGUUCCGACAACCGAGUCCCUCUUGUAUGCCCAGGACCACGACACCCACAAACGAUUCGCCGAUCAGGUUGAAGAUGAAGAUUUCCUGGGCAGUCAUAUCCUCCGAGUUCUUCCACCUGCGGCCGGUAAAGAGGGGAAUGUGCGCGACACUCGGAGCAAGGCAAAGACCUAUGCCACUGUUAAUGGGAGAUCUGUGAUCCUGAAAGAGAAUGUCAUCUACACCAAUAAAGGGUUCAAGCAACUCACCCAAGCCAGCCUGUUGACCGACAUCUUGUACUAUGCCCCGGGCAAUGAUAUGCAACAAUGGCUUGUCUACUACAUCACGAAACCACUCACUGGUGUGUUCGAACCGUUGCCUAUCAAGCCGGCUAUGGUUGUGGAGACCAAAGUGCUUCCGCACACGCCUGCUUCCUCUUCUGAGCCCCCUACUCCUAAAAAGAAGGAUGUAAAGACAUUCAGUGAACUUCUAAGCAGCUUUCCCAUGAUCGCACGCCAAAUGCAACCGGGCCUGGAGAGGCUCUUCAACGAAUUUGGAAAGGAACUGGGCAGACCACUACCUCCGCCUCCUUCACGCAGUUCUACGACCGGUUCGCUGGACGGGACCACUCAAGCGUCAGAAAACGAUUCUAUAAAAUCAAAUGGAUCGCUGAAGCUGCCAUUCAAUUCCGCGGCUUAUUUUGAAGACGAGGAAGAUCUCAUGCGAAGAGCUCUCGAAACGGCUGUUACAGCUGCGAUCGACUUGUUUCAAGGUGUGGAUAAACAACAGCUUUCCUACCUGGGUGCCACAACGGAUUUGACAGGACCUGAUGUGGAGAAGCUGAUUGAGCGAUACGUGGCCGAGUACGUCCACGAUUCCCUGUUGUUCCCCCGGCUCUGUGCGUUCUAUAAAGCCCAAGAUCACGAGCUAGACCGGCGAAUACGGCAGAUGGAUUGUCUGGAUGUUUCACAGGUUGGAAUCGCCAUUGAAGAUGGCCGGACUGGAAAACGGGAGCUGAUGGGACGGAUCUCUCGUGGAGUUGCUACCUUUCGAAAAAUAGGCGUUGCUGCUAGUCCACAAGAAAUGCUGGAUAUUCUUCUUGAAACCCAGAAAAUCGUUUCCGAGCCGCAGGGUAUCUCGGACGAAGAGAAACGGGCAGUGGCAAUGACCAUCAAUGCCGAUAUUCUGGUGUCACUAAUACUCCUGGUCGUCAUCCGGUCCUCGGUGAGACAUCUCCAGGCAAGGCUGUCUUAUAUGCAGCGUUUCAUUUACAUCGAUGAUGUCGAAAGUGGCGAGAUGGGAUAUGCGCUGAGUACCCUCGAAGCGGUCUUGACGUAUCUGGCCAGAGAUGCUGCUGGUCUUCGGAAGGCGUCCAAACAGAACCAACUCCUCUGGAAUGCUGUGAAAGCUGGCAAGAUCGAAGAGGUCAGGUCCAUUUUCGAAGAGUCUGCCAUCCUUUCCGAUGACCUCGUUGAUGAGCCUGCCGAAACUUCCUUGUCGAGAGUGAUAACCAGCUCGAGUUACUCGUCUGAGUCUCGUCCCACAGGGUCGUUGUCGCGGACUUCCUCUAGCGACGGUGGGUUAUCACAUGUCUUCCCUUUUCAAGCGGCAGAAAUGAAGCCUUGCCUCCCCAAACAGAAGAAGAGGGUCCAAAUGGCGGCUAGAAGCAUGUCGGUUUCUUCGUCAUUCUCUUUGGCGUCCAGAGCUGCUACCAUCGAAACUACACUCAGCGGGCUUGAAGGCGACACCUCUGUCCAAAGCCUUGCACAGACACAAGAUGUCAUGGGCAAUUCCGUCCUGAUGAUGGCCAUUGAGAGUCAACAGCCACAAUCUCUCCGGUACCUGUUGAGUCUUUCGGAGCAUUAUUCGCCGGAUGAAGUUCUUUCCGAUAUCACUCAGGAUGGAACCACAUUAUUGAGUGCUGCAGUCCAACUUGCCAAUACCGAGCUGGUCGACAUCAUUCUUGAAUACGCAGAGCAGAAUGCGGACGAAGCCCGGUUCAGGAGCUAUCUUGCGUCGACGGAUUCUCGGGGUCGGAGUGUGGCACAUUACUUGUUCAACACGCCUCAGCUGAUCAAGAGGCUUGCCAGUGUGCUUCCAUGGAGGCAGAAGGACAAAAUUGGACAUACACCUCUAUUCGCGAUUUGCCGUACGUACGACCAUCCCGACUAUAGCGGCAUGGUCUCGGAAGCUCUCGUGGCUGCGAAGCAAGCCCAAAAUGAUGGUGAGCCGCUGCGCAUCGAGGAGCACACAGACAACAAAGGGAAUUCAUUGCUUCAUAUUCUCAAUGAUGCUGGCAUCAUGCAACGGGUCCUGCAGUAUUGUGAUGUGGAUCUGAACGCGAUGAAUGACAGGAAGUUCACGCCGUUGAUGCUUGCAAGUAAGUACGGUCGAGUCGACAUGGUACGCAUUUUCCUAGGCGAUCCAAGAAUAGACAUGCACCUGAGAGAGGCGCGAGGGUUGACUGCGGUCGAGCUGGCCAAAGACGACGAGGUUCGAAACCGAAUUGACGACUUGACACUGUUUACGCCCGCCAAUACCGCGGACGUGGCAGGUCGGAUCACCUCGAUCGUUCGAUCAUUCUUCGUUGAGGAUGGCUCAUCAAGACAUAUUCUCAAAUCCGGCGCCCCAAAUCCCUCCGUCUCAAGCACCACAUAUACGAUCACAACUAGUCGGAGAUCUCUGCAGGAUUUUGAGAAUCUGGCCAAGUGGCUUACGAUGGAUUCUCCCGCGUCGUACAUGCCCACCAUUCUCGCAUCGAACUUUCGUGGUCCAUUCCAACUCCACUCGCGGCCCUCCCGUGCUGUGCUGUAUGAUACGCAAACCCACCUCGAUCGGUUCCUCAAGAUUCUCAUGAACCACCCGACAUUCUCGACGCAUGAAAUGCUGUGGGAAUUCUUUUUGGUUCCCGAUAUGCUUCAAGAGCAAAUGGCGGAGCGGGCCAAACUCAAGUCGGAACUGGUUCAAGAGAAGAUCAUGGACGAGUAUGACGCGUUGACGUCUAAAGCUGACAUGACUGCGGUUGAUCUGUUUGUGACUCACUCGCGAGAGAUGGUGAGAAAGCUCAAUCUCAGUACGCGAUCCGUGAUCAGGAAAGGCCAUGUCUAUGUGCAAGCACAGGCGGACCUCGCCGAAGCAUUGAGCCUGUGUGCAGUCGCCGUUGCUACCAUGGGACCCCCAGCCACGACGUUGUCAAAGGUGCACGUUGACGCCUUGAUCAAGUUUGCGUCGUUAGCACAUACGGAGCCGGCCUCGUCGCCGCUGGCGAACUUUAUUUUGUGUCUCAGCUCGCUUCACUCGACGAUUGCGGCCGUGCAAUCCGCAUUGCUGAAACCGAGCACUUUGAUCAGCCAAAUCAACUCCACCCAGCGAGCCUUGGAGAAGCACAAAUCCAAUCUCGCCAAUAGCGCCGUCCCCCGCAAGGGGAUCAUGAACAUCAACUUCCCCGGCACGGAAGAAAGUCGUGCCAAAGCCAUCAAAGACACCGAGAAGAAGAUGAUGCAGACGGGAAGAGACAUCGAACGACUCGGCAAGGAGUUGCGAUACACGCAAGAGGUCGUGGUUGGGGAGUUGGCGGGUUGGACCACAUGGCGCGAGCAAUGGGGUAGAGAGGAAAUCAAACGAAUGGCCCGGAACAUGGUGGUCAAGGAAAAGGAGCGACUGAAGAACAUGCAAAGGGCCCUCAGGGCGUUGAAGGAAGCAUGA